CAUGGGCCCGGGAGGCCGGACACCCCGGCCCGCGGCUGCAUCGCUGAGAAUGCAAGUAGGAAGCCAAGGCCUCGGCCCCUUUGCAAAACCCCCAGACCUGACGCCAGAGGAGCGGAUGGAGCUGGAAAACAUCCGGCGGCGGAAGCAGGAGCUGCUGGUGGAGAUCCAGCGCCUGCGCGAGGAGCUCAGCGAAGCCAUGAGCGAGGUGGAGGGUCUGGAGGCCAAUGAGGGCAGUAAGACCUUGCAGCGGAACCGGAAGAUGGCAAUGGGCCGGAAGAAGUUCAACAUGGACCCCAAGAAGGGGAUCCAGUUCUUGGUGGAGAACGAACUUCUGCAGAACACACCUGAGGAGAUCGCCCGCUUCCUGUACAAGGGCGAGGGCCUGAACAAGACAGCGAUCGGGGACUACCUGGGGGAGAGGGAAGAGCUGAACCUGGCCGUGCUGCACGCCUUCGUGGAUCUGCAUGAGUUCACCGACCUCAAUCUGGUGCAGGCCCUCAGGCAGUUCCUGUGGAGCUUCCGCCUCCCUGGAGAGGCCCAGAAGAUUGACCGGAUGAUGGAAGCCUUUGCCCAGCGCUACUGCCUGUGUAACCCCGGGGUUUUCCAGUCCACAGAUGGCUGUCCCACCUGUGGUCUCAUUGUUGUCCCCUCCCCACCCCCGCCCCCGCCAAGUAGGCCCUGGAGGGUCCCCGGGGCUGGCGUUGCUCACUGGGCUCUCGCCCCUCAGAACCUCUACGACAGCAUUCGAAAUGAGCCCUUCAAGAUCCCGGAGGAUGACGGGAAUGACCUGACCCACACCUUCUUCAACCCAGACCGGGAGGGCUGGCUCCUUAAGCUGGGGGGCCGGGUGAAGACGUGGAAGCGGCGCUGGUUCAUCCUCACAGACAACUGCCUCUACUAUUUUGAGUACACCACGGACAAGGAGCCCCGAGGAAUCAUCCCCCUGGAGAAUCUGAGCAUCCGGGAGGUGGACGACCCCCGGAAACCAAACUGCUUUGAGCUUUACAUCCCCAACAACAAGGGGCAGCUCAUCAAAGCCUGCAAGACGGAGGCAGAUGGCCGCGUGGUGGAGGGCAACCACAUGGUGUACCGGAUCUCGGCCCCCACGCAGGAGGAGAAGGACGAGUGGAUCAAGUCCAUCCAGGCGGCGGUGAGCGUGGACCCCUUCUACGAGAUGCUGGCCGCCAGGAAGAAGCGGAUUUCGGUCAAGAAGAAGCAGGAGCAGCCCUGACCCCGUCCCCCCCGUUAUUUAUUCCCGCGCCGCCCGCCCGGGGGGCCGGACCCCUGGGGCUGGGCAGUGGAUGCUGGCUCCCCGUGUGGAAACGUACCACCUCUGGUCCUCUCUCGUUAUUUGUAAUUAACGCACUGUUGGUAAUAAUUAUUGAACUGCUCGUGG